AUGUUUAAAAAGGAAAUUUUGUGCUGCAUGUUGCCAGUAAUCAUAGCAGUAUCCUUUGGGCAAUGUAAGGAGGCAAACGAAAUUCUUAAAUUACCCUUUGACAAUGAAGUUCCAACUGCAACAGACAUUGUGCAGAAAGCGGGAUAUCCAGCCGAGAGUCAUGAAGUUGUCACACAGGAUGGUUAUAUCCUGCGAAUGGAUAGAAUCACAGGAUCGAAGGAAAGUCCUCCGUCAGUUAAUAAACCAGCUGUAUUACUUAUUCAUGGUAUUUUAGAUGCCUCGCCUACGUGGGUGGUGACAGGUCCUGGAAAAGGUUUA